CCUCAAUAAUAAAAAAUGCGCUAGGACAGCUUGAGUUCCUCAACAGCUGUGUGUGGCCGCACGCGCACAUCGCUAAGUGCAUCCCAGCGUGGUUUAAAUCAAGAUGGUUUGGUGCAUCGAGGUGGAGCUGGGGGGCCAGGUGCAGGCAGACCGGUACCUGCUGACGGGCGGGCCCCUGCCAGGCCCCCGCGAGGUGACCGUGGGCCGCCCACCGGCCAAAGCGGCCGUACGCCCGGACAUCGUGGUGAAGGAACCCAGCGUCAGCAAGAUUCACGCAAUCUUGAGCGUGGAACAUGCAGUGGGCGAGCAGCAAGGACCUGCACUGGUGCUCAAAGACCAGAGCCGGUACGGCACUUCCGUGAACCAGGAGAAGGUGCCCAGCGGGGGCACCAAGGUCCUGGCGCCGGAUGUGAUUGUGGCGCUGGCGGCCAAGGCGCGCUUGAUUGUGCGGCAGCAGCCACUGGUGGUGGCGGCGCGGCUCGGUGGCGCGGCCUUGCCCGAGGCGCGGGCAGUGCUGCGGCGCAUCGGCGGCCGGUUGGUACACGCCCUGGACGCUGCUACAACCCACGUGCUGCACAGCCCCGGCGAGGCGGCCUGGCCUGGCCUGGUGCACGCGGCCGUGCGGGGCGGCCCCGCCCUCGUGUCGCAGGACUGGCUCAACGAGGUUGCGGACGGGGGGCUCUUCACAAACGCGUUGCCGGACGCGGCGCCGCCCACUGAGCUAGUGCUGGGGCCAGGCAGGCGGGCGAUGCGGCUACCGCAGCAGCCAGCGGCGGCAGCAGGCGCCAUGCUGAGCGGCUUCACCUUUGGCUACAGCAGUGCGUGGCAGCAGAGCCCGGGCCUGGCGGCGUUGAUCCGGGAGUGCGGCGGCCGCGUGCUGGCCACGGCUGGGGAGCGCAGUGCCGCCACACCGGUAGUGACGGUUGCUGACACGGCGGACGGAGGCGCUGCCGCCGGAGUGGACACACAGCAGCUGCUGCUGGCCAUCCUGGAGGGCGACUCGGCGGCAUUGAACGAGCUGCUCAGCCGGGCAACAGCUGCCAGCGCUACGGCGCGUGGCGCGGCGGCGCAGCCGGCUGACGACAUGGACGCCGAGGAUCUGGCGGCCGACUCAGACAUAACACAGGCGGCGGAGGAGGAGGACGGGGCCGAGGACGUGGAUGUGGUGGAGCAGCUGCCAACAGGGUGCCAGGCGCAGCAGGCGGGGCUGGCGGCGGCUGAGCCGGCACAGGCUGGUGGAAAGCCGGCGUCAAUUAAGACCGAGGACGUGGGUCUGAAGGACGUCGCGCCUGAGCGGCCGCCUCCAAUAAUGACUGCUGACGGCUGGCUGGUGGCGGCGCGCAAGUCAGACGCACCCAGCCCUGGCCCACAGCUGCUGUCCAACGCGCGCGCCGACGAGGCGGCGGCCGCACACACGAUCGAGCAUGAAGACGCACCACCCGCCAAGCGGCGCCGCACGCUCACUAACUCCUCCAAGGCAGCUGCAGCUGCAGCGGCUGCCGCGGCCGCGCCUGGACCGUCAACUGCCAGUGCCGCAGCCCCCAUUGCUGCCCCGAGGGCCGCCUCGGCCGCAGCUCCAGCGCCCGCCGUGCGUGCCGACUCGCCAGGGGAGUCGCCGGAGCCGGAGGCGGACGCGGGCCCCUGGCUCACGCAGCACACGCAGCGCGGCCACGGCAGCGGCAAGUCCUGGCCUCCCCUUGUCAAGGAGGAGGCGGGCUCGACGGAGAAGCCGCAGACGGGGCCAGUCGCAGCACCUGCCGGCCGGGGCCGCGGUGCAAAGGCGGCGGCGGCAGCCGCUGCCGCCGCCGCGGCGGACGCCGCAGCGGGCGCCGCGUCUCGCAUGGUGAAGGCUGAGGAGGCGGCAUUGCCCGAUGUGAACGAUGCCUCAGCCCAGACCGUGUUGGAGCUGGACUUGUUCGCACCCAAGGCAGCCGCAGCCGCAACGCCCACCACCAUCCCGGGAGCUGGUGCCGGCGACGGUGACGGUGAGGAGGCUGCGGCGGCUGCGAACCGCUGCGGCGAGGGAAGCGAGGGCGGCGCGCGCGACACGGAGGCGCGGCGGCCGGGGCGGCUGGUCAACUACAAGGCGUUCCGCAAGCAGACGGGCCAGCUGCCAGCGGCGGAAGUAGCGCGGCAGCCGCUGCCGGUGACCCUAGUUGACAACUUCCAACGCGAGGACGCAGAGGCUCAGGCGUUCCUGAGGCAGGAGGAGGAGCGUGCCGCCCGCAAGCGCGCCGCCGACGAGAUGUUCCGCACCGGCGGCGUGGGCGGUGGCGGCGGAGCUAAGAAGCCACCGCGUGCCAAGCGAUGAGAGCUGCCGCCAAGGCACCAAUCGGCGCCCAGCAACACAGGAGAGUGCGCAUAGCGUGGCCCACUGCCCGACCAACUGCAGCUCAGCCACAUUGUAAACGGUAUUUAUU